UUGUAUGCUUUCCUGAUGGGUCCCAACAAGAAUAUUGUCACGGUGUUGGCGACGGCUGUGCAUAAGGGGGCACACCAUAGGGCUGAUCAUGGGUCGCACUUCCACGUGAUUGCAGCAAGUAGGCUUGCGGGUCUGCACAAACGGCGGUUGUUUGAACGGCGUAGGCGUGUACUGUGGCGAUGGCUCCGGCAGCGGAGGAGCGCGAAUCUCUUCAACAUAGCGACCGUGCAUUCGGAAUGACGGAUCACAGCAGGUUAGACGAUGCCUGGGCGGUGGUGAUAGUGGUGGUGCCGAAUAGGCGUUGUUAACUCCGGAAUUGAAGGUCGCAUAAGGUUGUUGUCUAUUCGCUACUCUUGACGCCUACAAUUUUGUCACACGUCGUUCGAUUUCUUCCCAACGCGAUUCCAACCUAGAGGUAGCAGCGUCCAAUUGAUCGAUUAGUUGUUCAUAACACCCCAUUCCGGUGUAGUAUGGUGGUUGCUUGUAGGUUUGCUCCUUUGGCAUCUCGAGUUGAGAAGGCAUCACUCGGAGAUGCGGUGAUUGUGGCGGAUCAUAAGGCCGGACUCCCGUUGAUCGUCUCUUUCCUGGCAGGUCGCAGGGUGACUGUCUCGGCUACACCAAUUGCUGGUGGUGGGACUGAUAUGGCGGGUCCCAGCAGGUCCGGAAAAUGGCCAUGAAAUGGUGUAUGAAAGAAGAUGAAGGGUAAAAAAAAUAGGUAAUUUGUUCUUUUGUUUGGUGAUUUUCUUGGUGAAGAAGGUCUUUCUUUUUUUUGAUUGGUGAGAUUUGGGUUAUGGAUGAAAGAAGAUGGAGAUUGGUGAGAUUUGGGGUGUCGGGCAGAGGAGGAUGAUGAGGGGGUGAGAGUGGUUCCCUUACCGGUGGUGGUGAUACUCGGCAGUGGGGCAGGUGUUGUGCGCAGAAUGAUUACGUCGGGCAGCGGUGCGGCUAGUUGUUGUGGACGGGUGGGUUCCCGUCGGGCAACAACGUAGCUGUGGUUUGAAUGGUGUGGCUAGUUGCUGUGCGCGGUGGAUUCUUGUCGGGCAGCGACGUAGUUGUGGUUUGAUCGGUGUUUUGGAUGGUGAGAGCACGAUGAAAACACCAGUUGUUAAGAGGGGUUUUUCUCUUAAGCAAUCGGUUCUCUGGGUAAUUAAUCCGGCGGCUAAGUGCUUGGGUCGGCGGUGAUCUCCGGAAUAAGAGCUGAAUCUCGUCGGCUACGAAGAAUAAUAGAGUUCCUUGAUACGCAACAAGAAGAUAAUAAUUCAUUCAUUCAUUCAUUCAUUGAUUAAAAUGAUAACAAUCUAUCCUAUUUAUAAAACUCUAAGGGUUGGUUUGAUAGCCUAUAAUAGAAAUGCUAAAGUCAGAAUAUAAAUUUGAAAAAAAUCCAUAUUUUGGGGAAAAUAAGUGCAUAUCAAGACGUUUGAUACUAUUUGAAUAUAUUUCAGAAUUGCUACAAAUGUGUUUGAUACAAUUGGAGUAUUAUUUCAUGGUAGUAUAUUCCCAAAUUUACACUUACUUUUUUUGUUGUGUGGCCAAUUCACCCUUCACAACCCUAGCAGCAAUAAGGGUUUACAUCACGCUUCAGACAAAUUAAGCACAGCUCAUACUCCUCUUCUCUUCACUGAAGCGGCGGAGACACGUCUGAGGAAUCAAGAGGUCGAACAACAGAUCUAAACAAGGGGAGGGUGACACUCUAAAUGAAGAUUGAUCAUGAAGAGGAAGUGAUUCCAUGAAGAGCCUCGAUGUCACUGGAUGGAAAGCGGAUAACGGUUUCCGUGACGGCUCCCUGUCUCGUAUUUUGGAGGCGUUGAAGCGUGAAUUCCCUCGUACUGACUUGAAGAUAAGCCCCAAUAUCACAUCCAAGAUUUCCCAAUGGAAAAAAAAGCUACAACUCUCUUUGUGGAAUCCUCGGACGAAGCGGUGUAGGCUUCAACCUGACUACAAGAUUGACUGUGACAACGACAAAUGGGAACAAAUCAUUAGGGCGGAUAAGGAUGCCCGUAACAUGCGUUUCAAGUCAUGGCCUAUGUGGGAUGCAUGGAAUGAGAUAUUUGGAAAAGAUCGUGCUGUAGACACACCUGCUGCGGACCUGAAAGAGAUGUCUAAAGAAGUUUACUCAAAUGGUGACCCAAUCCUUGAAAGUGGAGACAGUGAGUAUGUUGAAGUACUGGUGGGGCACCUUCUGGUGCCAAUCCCCACAUAAUACUAAGAGUUCUCUUCAGGGCUUGGAUCAAAGUGCAAGUGACAAUGAUCAUGAAACACAGUCAGCUAAGAAAAAGAACAAGAAACGUAAGGUCAUUGAUAGGUCUGAUAUCCUUCUGGAGAUGCUUGCUAAAAGUAACGAAGACAUUAACUCAAGGCUUGAUAAGUUGACCAAUAGGAUUGGCUAUGAGUUUGAUGUUAGCAAAUCAAGGAAGGAAGUUUUUGCAACUCUCAGAGAUAUUCAAGGUCUCACUCUUGGGUAGCAGCUCGAUGCCGCUGGGAUAAUUCUUGAGAAGGUAUAGCGCUUGGACUUGUUCAUGUCUCUUCCUGAAGCUUUUCGUCAUACGUACGUGGUGUGUAUGUUUGAGAAGCACACUUGAUCAAGGAUGUAGGUGAUGAUCUACUGUGUUAUUUUGUCUCUUGUUGGUAAUUAUCUUUUGGUGUGCAAGCCUAAAACUAUUUGGAUGUGUUGGAAUUUCUAAUCCCCCAACUCCAUUGUCUCCGUAGACGUAUGUUUUGCUUUUGGUGUGUAAA